GUGCACAAAACAUUCCUCAGGCAGCUCCCAUUUCGUAGUACAGCAGGUCGAAGGCAGGCUCCCCGUCUGCCCUGGCCCUGCACCACUGCCUUGCUCAGAAGUGCCAGCAGCUUUAGCUCAGUGCACAUGAGGAUAAGGCUCAAAGCUUUCAGCCUAUGGUACAGAUAAUUUAAUCUGGCUUGCAGAAAGUAAGCAGGGGGCUGGAGAUUCUCCACCCCUGAUCUAAAGCAAAGCAUGUGAUUGAUGGAGAAAGUCUCAGCUGAGAGAAGUCAUAGGUGGAAUGAAAUUCCAGACUCUCCUAGUUGGUCUCAGGUGUAACCUUUCUCUUCAGCAAAGUGUUUCUGCCAUAACUAGAAUGACAUUUGGAACAAAUAUAUUUUCUACUAAAGAAUCAAGUCAACUGUAAACAGCUUUCUAUAAUCAAAAAAUGGGUGAGAGAUACACUCUGGUUUGUGAUGAACCAGAGGAAUUAAAGAGAAAGGUCAUUGAGCUGGCUGCAGCUGUCCGACGUGCAAAACACCUGGUCAUUUAUACAGGAGCUGGGAUCAGCACGGCAGCUUCCAUCCCCGACUACAGAGGUCCUAAUGGAGUUUGGACAUUACUGCAGAAAGGGAGGAGUCUCAGGGCUACAGAUCUGAGUGAGGCAGAGCCCACGCUCACCCAUAUGGGCAUUGCCUGCUUGCACAAGCACAGCCUGGUGCAGCAUGUGGUGUCUCAGAACUGUGAUGGGCUCCACUUACGGAGCGGGUUACCCCGAGCAGCAAUCUCUGAGCUUCAUGGAAACAUGUACAUAGAGGUCUGCACUUCCUGCACACCCAACAGAGAGUAUGUGCGAGUGUUUGAUGUGACGGAGCGCACGGCCCUGCACAGACAUCAUACAGGCAGACUGUGCCAUAAGUGUGGGGCACAGCUGAGAGAUACAAUCGUCCAUUUCGGGGAGAAGGGGACCUUGAGGGAACCUCUGAACUGGGAAGCAGCAACAGAAGCUGCAAGCAAAGCAGAUGUGAUUCUGUGUCUGGGUUCCAGCUUAAAGGUUUUGAAAAAGUAUCCACGGCUUUGGUGCAUGAGCAAACCCCCUAGUCGCCGUCCAAAACUCUACAUUGUGAACCUGCAGUGGACUCCAAAGGAUGAUAUGGCUGCCCUGAAACUACACGGGAAAUGUGAUGAUGUUAUGAGAUUACUGCUGGAGGAACUUGGUCUGGAGAUCCCAUGCUACGACAGAACAAAGGAUCCUAUCUUCUCCCUGGCAAUUCCCCUUAGCCCCGAUGAAGAAGGUAGCCACAGCCGGAGACCUGUGGCACCCCCAUGGAGCCUGGAGGAGAUGCAGAUGCAAGAGCAGCAGCGAGAGCCGGCUUCUCAGCUCAGCCUCUCUCACUCAGGUGGCUGGUUUGGCAGAGGCUGUGCUAAAGGCUCCAAGAGGAAAAAAAGUAAAUUGACUUUGUGAAUUAGUAUUUGAACACUUUAUGGAACAGCUGUUCCCUACUGCCCUGGACUCCGCCGGGUUUACGGCUGUUCCAGAUGGCUGUUCCCUAUUGCCCUGGACUCAGCUCGGUUUGCCAGGGACUCCAGACACACUCUACGGGUCUGAGGUGGGGGCAACUGGCAGAGCUGUUUUUUCAUACCACUAUUCGCUGUGCGAUGACAAAGCUCAGGAUAGCUGGCUAUUGGGAACAGGGGCUUGCAGUCUGAGCCCUUUCCCUUCACCUCAGCACCUCCAGGAGCAUUCACAGGUUGGUGCCCUGCUGUUUUUCUGCCUUGCAGGUUCUUUUUGCUAAGUAAAGCCUGGACUCUC